UGGUAUAUUAUUGGUAUACUAUCCGCAGUUCGUAUAUUGAAAUUCAACGAAUUCAACGUAACAAAAAAAAAGUCGACUAGUCGUUACCACUUGCCAAUUCGAAGUGUCACAACACACAUUUUAUAUAGAAAAUAUAAAGAAAAAAAAAAUUAUAAUAAAAACUAAAACUCCAGCUCCGACAACGUUCCGAUCAGAUGAAUUUCUUUUUGUGAUUCAAUUGCAAUCAAUGGAAAAUACAGAAGUGCCGGAUUCAAAAGCCGCUAGUCGCGGCGUUAGUAGAGUACUAGCAAAGUUAGAAUUAUCCUUCCAGUCUGGCGAUUAUUAUGAAGCACAUCAAAUGUAUCGCACAUUGUAUUUUCGAUAUUUGUCACAAAAGCGGUACAGUGACUGUUUGGAAUUGUUGUUCAAAGGGGCCAUGAGGUUUCUAGUCAGCGAACAGUAUGGUAGUGGUGCAGAUCUCGGUCUACUCGUAGUCGAUACAUUGGAAAAGGCGAAAAAUGUUGCCGACUACGAGCUAUGGAUUCAGCGGCUAGGUCUCUUGAUAAGCAAAAUCACUCCGAACAUCGUCGAACGGGAAACGUUACUGGCCCGGUCAGUGAAAUGGAGCAGUGAGGUGUCAAAUAACAAAAUGGGCCAUCCGUUAAUGCAUAAAAUAAUUGCCUCGAUGUUUUGGACGGAAGAAAAUUUAGAGCAAGCACGUCAUCACUAUUUGUUGUCCCGCGAUGGAACUGGUUGUGGCAAAAUGCUCGUUGAACUGAGCCAGUUGAAAGGAUACUCGUCGGAAAUUGACCUUUUUAUAGCUCAGGUGGUACUGCAACAAUUGUGCUUGAAAGAAAAAAGUUCUGCCGUUCAAACCUUUGAAACCUACACAAAACAUCAUCCAGUCAUAACGACCAGCGAACCACCAUUUACAAUGCCUUUAUUGAAUUUUGUAUUUUAUCUGCUGAAGUUGAUAGACACCGGUAAAUUGAACAUUUUUCGGACAUUGUGUGAAUUGUAUAAGCCGUCACUAGCCAGAGAUCCUUCAUACGAGAAAUAUUUGCAAAAAAUUGCCGUUUUCUAUUUCAAUGCACCGCCGCCACAAGCACCAAACAGUAGUGGUGGCGGGCUGUUUGCCGAUUUGAUCAAUCAGUUUUUCCAAGGAUUCGACGACGACGAUGAGGACACUGAGGCGACUACCGCAAAUGCAAGCGCUGUUGACGUGGAUUUGGAUUAAAUUAUGUGGUCGAGAUAAACUAAAUGUGGGAAGUGUGUGACGCUAUGAUCAUUCGGUAAUAAUUACGACACGUGUAAAAUGGUUGUAGGAGGAUCUUAAUCGGAACUUAAUAAAAUUGAAAACACUGGACAAAAA